UCCUGACCGUGUUAUAAACGUGACUGAAGACAUAUAAUUUACAUAAUGAUAUGGUCAACUCGAUAAGAAUAAUCUUUCCUUGGAAAGUACUUACUUAUUAUAAUUAUUUAAAAAUACGCAACAUUGUUAGUAUCUCUUGUGAAUAGAUUCGCCCCCACAAAUUUGAUAACCAGCCAUAGUUUAGAGGAAAUGUGUCAAUUUUUCGCUGGUAGCGUUAUUACUUGUGGUAAUAAUGAAGUUUGUUAUAGUUUCGUUAAGUGCGUUUAUAAUAAUUGGUGUUUUUGGACUGCGAGAUGUACCUGAAGAUAAAACCAUAUGUCCGACUGUAAAGGCCUUACGAAAUUUUGAUAUAGAGGAGAUGCUAGGGGCGUGGUACGUUAUUCAAUAUUAUGCAAGUUCGGAGGAAGCUCUGCCAUACAGAUGCAUGAGGGCAAACUUUACGAUCUCCCCGACGCAUUUUGAGAUCACCAUGAACUUCACUUACAGUUUCACGGACGAUCCUCUUAAUGAAGAGCUUGGGGGUAACAUAACGUGGGUGAUUCCUGAUCCAACACAACUUGCCCAUUGGAAGCACGCCGAGGACACAUACGAGGGAAUUUACAACACUUACGUGCUAGACACCGAGUACUCAUCGUGGUGUUUAUUGCUGCACUGCGCCGAAAAAUCGAAAAGUCCACGUUAUUUGUCUAGUUUCAUAAUGAGUAGAAAUCCAGUGCUUGGUGUAAAUGUUAUCUCGUAUUUACGCGAAAAAUUACCUCGAUACGAUAUAGAUCUUACAUACAUGUUUGAUAUGGCACAAAAGGAAUGUGAUGUUCCCCAGACCGGAAUCGAAGUACCACCUUCAGUUCUUGUUAAUAGACUGCCACCAUAUUUACGUAGGCAUCCGCUGAAAAGGCAUCAUCAAACUCAAUAAACCAUUUCUUGUAACGCAAAUAAAUACAUUUGUAAUA